AUGGCAGGGAGGAAUGAAGCUGCUCUUGCUGCUGCUAUGCAAGCUAUGGCGCAAACAGUAGAGAACAUUACUCAAGGCGCUGGGAAUGCACAGUUCCGCGACUUGGAACAGUUUCAGAGCAACAAGCCGCCUACGUAUGAGGGAGGUAUCCUAGAUCCUGUGGCUGUACAGAAAUGGGUGAAAGCUAUUGAAAAGAUCUUUAGGACCAUGGGGUGCAGUGAUGCUCAGAAGGUAACUUUUGGUACUCAUAUGCUGGAAGGAGAGGCUGAAGCCUGGUGGGACAAUAGUCGUCAGAGGUUGGAAACUGCAGGUACAGGUAUUACUUGGGCGGUGUUUCGGGAUGAGUUUCUAGAGAUGUAUUUUCCAAAAGACAUUCGCAGUGCAAAGGAGGUUGAAUUUUUGGAGCUGAAAUAG